AACAUAACUAUUGAAGACUCCCAGAAGUGUGAGAAUACACCUAGCAGACAUGCUGAGCCUUCUACUGCUGCUCUUAGUUGGAGCCACUUUUGCUCAAGAAUCCGGAGACUUUGCUGUGGAAAACUCAGAUCAGUUAAGUAAAGCUGCCAAUGAUGAAGAUGAGAAGUUGGAUGAUGCCUACAAUGAAAUGGAGAGUGAUGAAAAAGAUUUGGAUCUGAGUGAAGAAAAUCACCGUAUUAAGCCAAAAUUUACUGAAAAAGCAGUGGGUGAUGUCUGCCCUAAUAAAGGAACAUGCAUCAACCAUUUUUUCCCCACCCCUAGACAAUUCUUUGUGGCCCAGCGUAUCUGUCACAGUUAUGGAGGAGAUUUAAGCUCCAUCCAUAACCUCAAAACAAAUACUAGUCUGAAAAGAUUUGUGUGGAGAUGUAGUACAAAUGUCAACUUUGUUUGGAUUGGUGUUUGGAAAAGAAAUACAAGUUCUCCAUAUCGAAACAUUGACGGAAGUACUCUGGAUUAUACCAAUUGGGCAGAAGGACUAUGCAGAAACUAUGGACAAUGGUGUGCUGCCAUGAAUAUACACACCGGCAGGUGGCGGUCAGUAAACUGCAAUACUCAACUGCCAUAUCUUUGCACUUAUAAAUAAUAAACAGAGCUCAUCGCCCUUUAUUCCUCCGCUUUAAAUGAUUCUAACUCUGAAGACGUAUAAAUAAAUAUUUUUGCACGAACAGAUGUUCGAUCACUAGCACAAUCUUGGAAUACAAAGUCUCUGGCUUCGCUUUAUUAUUUCAUGCACUAUUCAUGUUCCAACGACCUAUUUUUCUGCCAUGUAGCUUAUA